CUGUCUGUUUCCAUCAUGGCGGCCUCUGUGUGCAGACUUCUGUCCUUCAGUAAAAAUGUAAAGGCGCUGGUUUCACCGCUGAGACUCGGGGCCGUGUCCGGUCAAAGAUACAGUUUAGAAGUGUCCAGCACCGGAGAAGUGAUCACCCACACGGGACAGGUGUUUGAAGAGAAAGACCCAAGAAGAGCUCGGUUUGUCGGGCGACAGAAAGAGGUGAACAAGAAUUUCGCCAUUAAUCUGGUGGCAGAGGAGGCGGUGAGCCACAUCGAGGACAGGGUGGUGUCAUGUGACGGAGGUGGAGGUGCUCUGGGCCACCCCAAAGUCUACAUCAAUCUGGAUAAGGACACAAAAGUGGGCACAUGUGGAUACUGUGGUUUGCAGUUCAAGCAGAACCAUCAUCAUUAACACCACCGUCUGAACCGUCUUUGUGUAAAUUGCUGUAAUUCCUGAAUAAAUUAUAUCUUGUCUGA